AUGUUCACGGACAAAGCUUUACGCACUAUUGGUAUAGCACAUAAAGACGUAACUUCUAGUGAGCUCAAGAAAUUGAUGGAGAUAGUUGGUAUACAAGAUCCGUUGCGUCCUGAUGUGAAACGAUCAGUCGAGCAGUUUAAGAAAGCCGGAGUAUUUGGCUUCUACGCACGUCCAGUAAAGGGUGAGAAUGGCCUUGAUCUUAUGACUUGGACUUGUGGCAUUCCUGGAAAGCCGGGGACACCUUGGGAAUCAGGAGUAUUUAAGUUGACUGUAUCAUUUCCGGAAGAGUAUCCCAGCAAACCUCCAAAAUGCAGAUUCACACCGCCAUUAUUUCAUCCGAACGUUUACCCUUCGGGCACCGUUUGUUUAUCAAUUUUGAACGAAGAAGAAGCUUGGAAGCCGGCAAUCACUAUCAAGCAGAUUCUUCUCGGCAUCCAAGAUCUUCUCAAUGACCCUAAUCCAGACAGUCCGGCUCAGUCUGAUGCAUAUAUGUUGUACAAGAAAGACAAGGCCGCCUAUGAAAGAAGAGUGAGACAGCAAGCGAAGGAAUACUCUGCGCAGUUAUGA